GGAUGUAUUGUGCUCUCCCAAAGCUGGGAAAGGAUAUCGGUCAAAGAAAACCCGCAAAAGUAUUCCCUCGGAUGCUGAGGUUCACCUACACUAACAAUCGCAGGAGACCGGAAGUUGACGAACAGGUUCAUUUUUCACUGAAACCAACAGAAGAGGAAAAGCAACAUAAACACUGGGCAUCUAUUGAAGAAGAAGGAACGCCAAUCAUUUUGCAGUACAGUCCCACUGCGGAUGGCAGCAAGAAGAGAGCAAAGAAAAUGGCCGCGAGGUAUGAGGGGGUCAGAAUGAUUCAAGAACGAAGGAUAGAGAGCGAAGGAGAAGGAAGAAACCAGCAACAGCAAGAGCAUCAACAAUAGCAACAUCAACAACAACAACAGGGAGAGGCUGUGAUGACAUUCACAGCCUCGGAAAUGAAGCAAUUUAUUGAAAAAGUGGGAGAAAGCGCAACAAAGAGAGCGCGCAUUGAAUUUGUUGAACAUUUCAAUCGGGAAGAGCUGAUAAAUGACAUAGCUGACUGCGUCGUUAGAAAAUUGCGUCAAAGACAGCAAUAUAGGCCACCACAAGAGGUUAAAAUUUCUUAGUGCUUAGUAUUGUAUUCCUCACACUAAUCAUUGUUUUCAAACCAGGUUGCAAGCACAACAGAAUGGAUGGCGCACUGUGAAUCUGAGGAGAGAUUUUACCGCCAAGUAUGGGGAACACCGGCUUCUAUGCCAACACCAACACCAACACCCACACCACCAGCAAAUGCAGACAUUGAAGCCGAAAUAUCAGUCGCAGCGGCAGCACCAGCAACCGCACAACAUGAAGCAGGAACAUCUGCAGCAGUGGCAACAGCAACAGCAUCCCCGCCUCAACAAUUGGGGAAAAUCAGACCAAAAAGGAUGAGGAUGCCAUCUGCAGCAUGUAAAAGUCCAUUCCGGCGUGAUGAUGUCAGAUGAACAAAUUUUCUUAGGUA